GGGUACUAGGCCAUGUUCAUUCUGUCUUUAUUACUCAUUGCUUGAGGACAGUAGUCGUUAUCAUAAAAGCAGUUUCAAGUUGUACGAGUUUUAUUACAAAUCGUCGUAAUUUUAUUUUAUCCGUACGAGAUACACGAAAUAACAUAGACCUUUUCUUUGAAUUGUCUCAUAAGCUAAUAAGCAAGAAGAAAAUGAAAGAAAAACUCGUAAUUAAUUUUUACUUUAUCACGUGGUUAACAUUAUUAUAUAGUUAACAUUACCUAAUUAACAUUACAUUGCGUUACAUCACAUGUACAUACGUGUUGUGUAAUCAGUGGACAAGAAACAGCGACAGCAGUAUAAAUAAAUACAGACAAUUAACAAACUAAAUUCUCAAGUGCAAUAGAAAAUGGUCGGAGUAAUGUCGGAGAAUCUUCACGGAAGCGUGUUAAAACUGAGAAAUGACAUUUGUCAUGGAGAGAUUAAAGACACACAUAGUAUUGUGGUGGCUACUAUUUCCACGCUGAAGGACAUCAUCGACAAUACAGAAUGGACCACAGCAAAGGAUUUAAUGGAUAUCAUUACGUGGAAUGGGAAGUACUUGAUUGAAGUGCUCCCUCUUCAAGCUUGCAUUGGAAAUAUGGUGAGAAGAAUAUUGCAGAUUAUCAGGGAGGAGUACACUUCGGAAUUAAAAAAUAAGACAGAGGAGACGGACCCUCAGGAGUCCCUGCACAAGAUCGUCACCGAGGGUGAUCAACAGAUAGAUUUCAAUGUCUUGGUACCUUCCCUCAAGUCUUCCCUCAUCGAGCAUGUUAAUGAAUUUGAGGCCGAGUUGGAGACAUGCUCGCAAAACAUCACUCAGCAAGCUUCGGAGCACAUACACUCAGACGAGAUCAUAAUGACUUUUGGCAGUUCUCAGUUGGUGGAGGAAUUUUUUAAGAAGGCUGCUGAGACGAGAGCCUUUGAAGUCAUAGUAGUCGAAGGUGGACCUUCGUUGACCGGCCACAACAUGGUAACGAAUCUGGCUAAGGUGAAGAUCAAGACGACCUUGAUCUCCGACGCAGCAAUCUUUGCGAUGAUGUCGCGCGUCAACAAGGUCAUAAUCGGCACUCAAACCGUCAUGGCAAACGGUGGACUCAGGGCUAUCUCGGGGACGUACAACGUCGCGCAAGCGGCCAGGCACUAUUCCGUUCCGGUGAUGGUUCUGCUACCUCUUUACAAGCUUUCGCCGCUUUAUCAUAGGUCUCAUAAGCAUGACGACUUCAAUUGCCUCAUCUCGCCGAUGCAGGAUGUGAUCGAUAGUGCUAAUGCGCCCGUAGUGGAGAGAAUACAGGCUUACAAUCCUUUAUUCGACUACGUGCCACCGGAGCUCGUUACGCUAUUUAUUACAAACACAGGUGGAAAUGCGCCGUCCUACGUAUACAGAUUGCUCAGCGAAUUGUACCAUCCUGACGAUUACGAAUUAUAGAGUUCUGUGUAAAUUGUUUGUAUUAUUUCUGUAUAGUACACUUUUUAAAUAAAUACAAGUUGACUCAUUCU